CCAAUCACGUGUCCAAUCUGAAGAAUGACGUUUCUGACAAUGAGAGUGUCAUGUGCGUAUCAUGCCACGCGUGAAAGGAAUCGAAUUUUAAUUUUUAAAAUCGAUCUAAAAAUCGAUGUUUGGAAUAGGAUACACAGUUCUUGAUACUGAGUGAUUUUUGCAAUGAAAUAAGCAGAAUUUUUAUUGCGUAUCAUAUUAUAAGAAACUAAUAUAAAAUAUUAAUAAAAUGGCAAAUUGUGUCAAUUUCACAUUGAAUAAUCUGUUGGCAUCUUACAAGAAAUGGAUUGUAGCUAAUCCGCACUUGCUGUCAGAUAUUGAGGCUACUGUCAGAUGUUUAUCUUAUUUCAGUUUCGGACAGUUGCGUAAUUCGAGUUUGGCUGUAGAAUUAAUUUAUUCUAUGCCAAACCUAAUUGUUCUGUGCAAUGAUUUACUUAUGUAUAGCAGCAAAUGUAAGGAUCUGAAGGUACCUCAGUUCGAAUCAAAGAUUAAGAUUUGGUUGACUGUGGUGGAAUAUACUGAGGCAUUGCUUGAGGUGUCAGCCGAAAAGUUGUGGGGUGCAAAGGGAAAAUGGUUAAUAAUUGUAAUUAUACAAUUGUUCAAGACCAUAUUGCGACUGUUAUCGAUUCAUGUAUAUAAGGAGCGUAUGACAAAGAGUCCUGCAACACCACCGCUUAACAGAGAAAAGUUUAACAAAGUGGUUGACAGUAUACAGUCAAAGGAAGGGUUUACGCUGAAAAGAUCAGGCACUGUUAUUAGAAGUAUAAAACAUUCAGUUCCUAUAGAAAUGCGAACAUGGAAAGCUUUGCCUUCUAAUACGGAUGAAAAUAAAAACUUAACCAAGAAUCAGGAAUCUGAGAAAAUUCUUAAAUUAGCUGAGAGUUUUUAUGUGACAAAACCGUUGCUUCAUCUUGGUUGUAUGUACAUUACUAACAAAAACCAGUGGCCACCAUGGAUGUUAUCAUUUAUUAUCGAUGUAGUCAGUUUGAAUAUCUUUACUCGCUGUGCUCCAAAGGCAUUAUUCAGUAAAGAAGAGGAAGAAGAACUCGUUCGACGAAGGUUAAGUUUGUUGCUGUAUAUUUUAAGAUCACCGUUUUACGACAAGUACAGCUGCGUUAAGAUAAAUGCAUUACUUGACGCAUUAUCUACCUCUGUACCUUUUGCCAAGUUAUUGACAAAUGCUGUUAAAAAGAAUCUGCCAUAUAUGCAAACUGCUAUCGUGAACAAUGGACAAUGUUUGUGCUAUACUGGAACCACCUGUCCUCCAGGUUGCAGCAUUGACAUCAGAAUCGUGAAUACGGGAAGAACUUGCCCCUCUGGACAAAUAUACUGUUGCACAACGCCUACAAACAAUGUUGGCUGCGGUAUCCGAAAAAUACCAUCUACCCCGCAUCCCCCAGGACAAGCUGCUUACGGCGCAUAUCCCUGGCAAGUGGCCAUUUUAACCGUCGGUAACGUUUAUCUCGGAGGUGGAGUACUUGUCAGUCCGAUGUACGUCCUUACCGCCGCUCAUAAAGUACAGAAUUACGAAAACAAUCCCGGUGGGAUUAAAGCGAAAUUGGGCGCGUGGGAUUCUCAAUCUACUACUGAGCCUUCUGUAGACAUUUCCAUCUCGAAAGUUACUCUGCAUCCUCAAUAUAAUUCAAACUGUAACCUUGACUGUCCAAAACAAAACCUUCCCUACGAUAUAGCGGUGCUUAGACUGAGUUCGGCUGCUCCAAUAGCAACUAGUCCUAACAUCAAUACAGCAUGCUUGCCAAAUGGACCAGUUGGUGCGGGAACAAAAUGUUGGGUGACGGGUUGGGGAAAGAACGCUUUUGGACCUACCGGGAUGUACCAAAAUAUUUUGAGAGAGGUAGACGUACCUGUGUUGACUCACGAGGCUUGCCAAACGGAUCUUCGUUCCAAGACGAGACUUGGCGGAAACUUUAAUCUGGACAGUAACUCCAUGUGCGCUGGAGGGGAAGCGGGCAAAGAUGCAUGCACUGGCGACGGAGGUUCACCACUGGUGUGUCCGACACAGAACGGGGCCUUUGAAGUUAUCGGAUUGGUAAUAUGGGGUAUAGGCUGUGCAGAUGCAGGAGUACCUGGUGUGUACACUAAUGUAUAUAACUAUAUCUCUUGGAUCAGGCAACAAAUGACGUAGACCACGUGAAAACAUAUGUAUAGAUCACAUAUAUUUUCACAUUACAAAUAUUAUUUGAGAGAACUGAAACACACAGAUAUAUGUUAAUAUAUAGAUAACGGAUUUUCUACAUUAUAAAAAUGUGUGCGCUAAUUAAUAUUGAAUCGUGAAUAAUGUAUAAAUAUUAUUAAAAAGUUUCAAUGUUAGAUACUAACAACGUAGUUAAAUAAUAAAAGUACAGUAUUGUAAUUUGGGAUUUUAUUGAAUAUUGUGUGAAAAUGACAAAAUUAGUGACAGUUAUUAAUUUAUAUAUUCUCAUAUUAACUCGUAUAUUAAAGAAAUAACAGUUUUAUAAAAAAAAAACUGUUGAGGUUACAGGAUCAGUUAUCCAAUCACAAAAUAACGGUUAAUAGAUACUAAAAGAGAGAAAGAAAGGAAGUUGACAUUAUAAAUUGGAAUAACUCCUAUUCUCAUCUCUCAAGGAAAAAUACAAACAAAAGAACUAUCAAUAAAAGGCUUCUUUUAACUCAGUCAAUGUUUAAUUUUCUUAUUUUUAUAGUACUGUUAUUAUAUAAGCUUAUAUAAAAAAAAUGUCAAGACCAAGUACACAAAGAAAAUUAACAUUGUAUAUAAUCUUCUCUUUCCCCUAUAAUUUCUACAAUUGUAAAUAACAUUACAUGGGAUAUACACAUAAGCAAAUAAUACAUUGAGCUUUUAGUUUUCUUAUAAUUCAAAUCGACAAGAAAUACAUAAAAAAUAUACAGACUUAAUAUUUAAGAAUUACAUGGAAAAAAAAUAAUAUACAGUAUAAUGAAGAGAUUUGGUACUCUCGCUUAUAGAUUUGUGUACUAUUUUAUAAAACUGUGUAUUAUAUAAUGUUUUAACAGAAUAAAAAUUAUAUUAUAAAGAUAAUUAUAUAAAUAAAGAAUUUCGCAAAGUGAUGUUUUUAUAAAGCCAUAUAGUGUAAAUCAAUGUACAAGUUAUGAGUGUGUGUAUAUAUGUGAGAUUUAAACAAUACUUAACAUAGAUUACAAGUCCUAUAUUUUUUGUGAUAAAUUAUGCAUUGAACAUUCGAAGCACUUUGUAAUUCUGGAAUUCUUCCAAGAAAUCUAGAAUAACUUCGACAUCUUAUUUGUAUCAGAGUUAUGUAACGCAUAUAAUAUAUUUGGUAUUAAUAUGCCUUUGGCAUUUAAUUAUCAAAUAUCUUAAUUAUUUAGUUAUAAGUAAAUUGAUGGCAAAGAUUAACCGAAACAGAUUGCUUGGUAUAUGCAAAAAUUUCAGAGAAAUUCUUAAAUAUAAAAAAAUUAAUCAAUUACAAGAUGUAAUUGAUGCGAUUGCAAAAACGUCGUCAUUCAACCUCUGCCAUCAAUUGCUGAUACUAAUGUGUGUCAAUUCUAUGUAGAUAUACUCAUUUAUUGUAUUUGUACAAUAAAUCGUGACGCGCCGCA